AUGGCGACGAGGAACCGUACGCUGCUGUUCAGGAAGUACAGGAGCUCUCUGAGGAGCGUCCGAGCUCCGUUGGCGUCAUCUUCAUUGUCAACAGCGACGGGAGGCGCAGGCCCGGUUAUCGAGAUGGCGAGCAAAUCUUUAUUGAAUCCGAAUCGCUCAUAUGCUCCUGUUAGUACCGAGGAUCCUGGAAAUUCGAGUAAAGGUGCAUCAACGGUGGGGUUACCACCAGCUUGGGUUGAUGUCUCUGAGGAGAUAUCUGUGAACAUACAGCGUGCAAGGACCAAAAUGGCCGAGUUGGGUAAGACUCAUGCCAAGGCGUUAAUGCCUUCUUUUGGGGAUGGUAAAGAGGAUCAACAUAAUAUCGAGUCUUUGACCCAGGAGAUCACUUUUCUGUUGAAGAAGUCCGAGAAGCAACUUCGGAGGCUUUCUUCAGCUGGGCCUUCCGAAGAUUCCAAUGUUAGGAAAAACGUUCAGCGGUCUCUUGCCACUGAUCUCCAAAUUCUCUCUAUGGAGCUCCGCAAGAAACAGUCAACGUAUUUGAAACGCUUGAGACAACAAAAAGAGGAAGGGGUGGAUUUAGAGAUGAAUCUGAGCAGAAACAGAUAUAGACCAGAAGAAGAUGACUUUGGCGAUAUGUUAAACGAGCAUCAAAUGGCCAAGAUAAAAAACGGCGAGGAACAAUCGGUAGAGAGGGAGAAAGAAAUACAGCAGGCAAGUGCUUACACUUCGUCUAUGUUCUUAGUUGUAGUAGAAUCAGUAAAUGAUCUUGCUCAAAUCAUGAAGGAUCUUUCUGCGCUUGUGAUAGAUCAAGGUACAAUAGUUGAUCGGAUAGACUACAAUAUCCAAAAUGUCGCUACUACAGUUGAAGAUGGCCUCAAGCAACUGCAGAAGGCAGAGCGAAGGCAGAGACAUGGAGGGAUGGUGAAGUGCGCGUCUGUGCUUGUCAUCCUCUGUUUCAUCAUGCUGCUACUCUUAAUCCUUAAGGGAAUAUUCUUGUGA